AUCUGACAUCACAUCCCAUCAUCUCACUCUGAAGCAAACUUCCGAUUGCACAAAAUAUUUUGCUGCCCAAAACAACCAAGCAAUAAUCACCGAGAAACAAGCCGUACGAGAAACGUUCCAACAAACCAACCACAAACUCGCGACCAUGGCGGUGUCGCCGCUUCUGGCGCCGCCCGUCGAGGCCGCUUCGGCGACGCAGCAGCGCUCGACGUCGUCGCCGCUGAAGCGCACCCUCUCGGCCGUCUCCUCCGCAAAUGGCACACCCAAACCCACAAAGGCCGCGAAGCCCGAGGCAGGCCUGCCCGCGGACGACUUGAUUGAGCAGAUGAACCGGGCCGAGGCGAACAAAUAUGUGACGACAAAGUUCCUCGGUGAGGGUACCUACGCCAUCGUCCACCAGGGCUACGAAAAGGCCAAGCCGUCCAACAUCGUCGCCAUCAAGAUGAUCAAGGUCCAAAAGGAGUACACGGACGGCAUGGCCCCCGACGCCGUGCGAGAGCUGAAGCACCUCCAGGAGCUGUCCCACCCAAACAUCAUCGCCCUGCGCUCCGUCUACUCGUCAAACUCGCAGAACCUGUGCCUGGUGCUCGAGUACCUGCCGCUCGGCGACCUCGAGAUGCUGAUCCGCGACGCCAGCGGCAUCAUCUACGGUGGUGCCGACAUCAAGGCCUGGAUGGGCAUGCUGACGCGCGCCGUCUGGUUCUGCCACGAGAACUUUGUCCUGCACCGCGAUAUCAAGCCCAACAACUUGCUGGUCGCCGCCGACGGCGAGGUCAAGCUGGCCGAUUUCGGUCUGGCCCGCUCCUUCGCCGACCCGUACCGCGUCAUGACGGCCAACGUCAUCACGCGCUGGUACCGGCCCCCCGAGCUGCUGUACGGCGCCCGCCACUACUCGGGCGCCGUCGACGUCUGGUCCGUCGGCUGCGUGUUUGCCGAGCUGGUGCUGCGCAAGCCCUACCUGCCCGGCAACAACGAGCUGGACCAGCUGUCGCUCAUCUGCGCCGAGCUCGGGAGCCCGACCGAGGACAACUGGCCCGGCGUGUCCAAGCUCGACCAGUUCACCGCGCCCUCGGAGCCGCUGUCGCCCGUGCCGUCCAAGGAGCGCAUGAUGGUGCAGUUUGGCACCGCCGGUGCCGACGGCGUCGACCUCCUCAUGAAGACCCUCACCCUCGACCCCAGAAAGAGGAUCACCGCCAAGGAGAUGCUCAAGCACCCUUGGUGGCACUCGCAGCCCAAGCCCACGCGCAAGGAGGAUCUGCCCAAGAAGAAGACGGGCGCCGAGCAAAAGUUCGCCGCCGACCAGGCGAGGCAGCCCGGUCAGGUCGACGAGAAGAUGGCCAAGGUUGCUCGCAAGUUGGAUUUUGGCGCUCCCAAGUAAAAAAUAAUGAAAUCGCUGGGCAAAUCAUGACUUUUUUUUUUAUAAAACCAGAAUUUUCUUGUUUUUUCAUCAUACAGCGGACAGGAGUUUUGUUUUGCUUGGGUUUACUACUCAUAAAAAGAGGAAUGGAAAACACGGCUGGGAUUUUGGGAUAGGUAGAGUCUAGGCGUUUUCACGGCUCAUUCAAUUUAUUUCUUCAUUAUUAAUACCCAAAAGGUUGUAUAUAACAUGCAAAAAAAAAACGUAAUGUUGUGUGAUGCGUAAACUAUGUUUUUUUUUUCAGGAUACCAGCACGCUGCUCUUUCCCCCCAUCACAUAAGAGAACAUUCGAGACCGU